ACCUGACGGGGUCCAUAAUACAGACCAUUCAAUAGACCACCGCUGAAGCGCAAAUAAGAUCAAGUGAAGGUGUGGUCAUUUGGAUCAGCAUCAUGCCAAAGUUGAGUCCGUUCAGCUCUGUUCUCACGGAUACUUAAAUUUGAAGUCUUCCAUUCAUGCUCAUGUCAGUCAUGCCAACAGAAGGCUACGUUACGCCGCGUUUUUGCUCUCCUCGGAUCUGAUUCAUUUGGGGUUUCCGAUUGUCCCUUUUACGCACGAAGACACCUCCAGCACGGAGUUCCGGCGCGACUGUCCAAUCUGGCUGUCUGAUCUUGUUGGACACAUAUCUCCAGUCUCACCGAUGCGCUUUCCAUAUCACCCGGCUCUUCUGCAUGGAUAAAACACGACCGGCCUUCUUCAUCUUGAAUAAUUCUGGAGAAGACGAGUAAAAGGUUCGCAGUGCAGCCAUGGCCAUGGUGGUGAGCGUGUGGAGAGAUCCGCAGGAGGAACUGACACCGGCGGGAUCUCUGGAUGAUCAGAGCGGAACGGGGGGAGACCACCAGCAUCACCACCGCCUGAACGCAGCCGCGCGCUCUCCAAACACCGGACUGCCUUCCGCGGAGGAUAAAGGACAGAACUCGGCGCAGAACCAGCAGCACAUUGAAUGCGUGGUUUGCGGGGAUAAAUCCAGCGGGAAGCACUACGGACAGUUCACCUGUGAGGGAUGCAAAAGUUUCUUCAAGCGGAGCGUUCGGCGGAACUUAACGUACACGUGCCGUGCCAACAGAAGCUGCCCGGUGGACCAGCACCACAGGAACCAGUGCCAGUACUGCCGCAUGAAGAAAUGCCUGAAAGUGGGCAUGAGACGCGAAGCGGUUCAGCGAGGAAGAAUGCCGCCAAAUCAGCCGAACCCGAGCCAUUACGCGCUGACCAACGGAGACCCGCUGAGUGGCCAAUGCUACCUGUCCGGAUACAUAUCCCUCCUGCUUCGGGCCGAGCCUUAUCCAGCCUCCAGAUACGGAAACCAGUGCAUGCAGUCGGGGAACAUCAUGGGCAUUGAGAACAUCUGCGAGCUGGCGGCCCGUUUGCUCUUCAGUGCGGUUGAAUGGGCGAGGAACAUCCCUUUCUUUCCUGAUCUCCAAAUCACGGAUCAGGUGUCUCUCCUCAGACUCACCUGGAGUGAACUUUUCGUGCUGAACGCCGCGCAGAGCUCCAUGCCUCUCCACGUGGCUCCUCUCCUCGCCGCCGCCGGACUUCACGCGUCUCCGAUGUCCGCGGACCGAGUCGUGGCCUUCAUGGAUCAUAUCCGAUUCUUCCAGGAGCAGGUGGAGAAACUGAAGGCCCUGCAGGUGGACUCCGCCGAAUACAGCUGUGCCAAAGCAAUAGUGCUGUUCACAUCAGAUGCAUGCGGUCUUUCAGACAUACCGCACAUAGAAGGCCUUCAGGAGAAAUCCCAGUGUGCUCUGGAGGAGUAUGUGCGGAUCCAGUACCCGAACCAGCCCACACGCUUCGGCAAGCUGCUGCUGAGGCUCCCCGCGCUCCGGAUGGUGUCCUCCUCCGUCAUAGAGCAGAUUUUCUUCGUUCGACUGGUGGGUAAAACACCCAUUGAGACGCUCAUCAGGGAUAUGCUGCUAUCUGGGAGCAGUUUCAACUGGCCCUACAUGUCCAUUCAAUGAGAGGAAGAUGGAGAUGGGGACAUUUGGUGAGAAUAUAAAGACAUAAAAAGCUAAACAGUCACGGGUGAUCCAUAAACUCUCUCUCAAUGUCGGUUCGUGAACAUGUGAAGAUAUCUUUACUUUCUUUCUCCUGAUCUUUUAACAGUCAGCCAUGACAUGUGCCAUGAAAAGACUAUAUAAAAUAACUUUCGAUUCACUUAUUCAACAUUGUAAUUGCUCCUGUUAAAUGCAAAACGUCUUAAUUUAGUUUUUUUUUUUUUUGAAGGAAGGAAGGAAUAUGCAUUGACCCAAAAUAACAGAAAUAAUUGGUGUUAGCCUACCUUAAAAACGUUCAGCAUAAAUACCACGUUUGUUUUAACUGAGAAGCGGAGACAAUGGAUUUAACAAUUAUUUAUUUUGCUGUAUUUAUUUUACUGCUUGACAACUUCAUGUUUCGAAACAAUCAACCACAGCACUUACGGUUUUCCGAGGCUCGACAAUGAAUAUUAUUGAUGUAUUUUCCAACACUUUUCCCCGGUAUAAAAUAUUACAAGUCAAACCUGUUUUUGUUUUGUUUUGUUUUGUUUUGU